AUUCGGCUACUCUCAGCAAUUUGGCCACUAUUUUCUUGUAUUUUAUAAUUAAACAUACGGUCCGACCAUCGGAUCCGAUUGGUCCGAUAAACCCAUGAACCCAUAGUUUAGCCGGUUCGAUAUCCGGUUCGAUGUCCGGUUCAUUCCGAUAACACGCAUGUGCGGAGUUCCAUCUCCUCAUAUAUAUAGAGACAGAGCGACAAGUCUCCAAGACCAUAGGAGCGGGUACAUACAUCGUAUAUUUCCUUGCGAAGAUCUCAACAGCAGACCUCUGAAUCAAUCAAGACAAGACACGUAGAGAAACAGAGAGAUGGGAAGAAGGCCAUGCUGCUCCAAGGAAGAGGGACUGAACAGAGGGGCAUGGACUGCCGAAGAAGACAGAAUUCUCACCGACUACGUUAAGGCUCACGGCGAGGGCAGAUGGGCAAAUCUCCCCAAGAGAGCAGGUUUAAAGCGUUGUGGGAAGAGUUGCAGACUCCGCUGGUUGAACUAUCUGAGACCGGGCAUCAAGAGAGGGAACAUAUCACCCGACGAGGAAGAGCUCAUAAUGAGGCUUCAUAAGCUCCUGGGCAACAGAUGGUGUCUGAUAGCCGGCAGGCUUCCAGGGCGAUCAGACAAUGAAAUAAAGAACUACUGGAACUCCUUUCUCAGCAAGAGAGCACGGAAGGAUGACAUUCCUAGGCGCAAACCUCCCGAGCUUCAACGGUAUUCCGACCGAUUAGAAGACAGAGCGAAUCUCCAGCCCAAACAAAACGUAGACACUUCCGGAAAUCUCAGUAGUACAGAUCAACCAUCACCGAGGGAAGAGAAGCCAUCCAUGUCACUGGGUGCAUUCUGGGCUGCCGCAUUGAAAUGCUCGGAGGGCGCUACCGACCCAGAGCCACGAGUGUCACGCCAACAAGACCAACAUAGUACCUGUUUUGGCAUCACCAAUAAAGAUACAAGACCACACCCACCCAUUGAUGGAGACAUCCUUCCAAAGGAAUCUGAAAAUGUAGAAGUGGCAAAUAAUGGAUCCGCCUUCAAAUUAUUGUCCUGUUCUCAUCGUAAAGAUGACGUGGCUGAGAAUACAGAAGAAGAUCCAGUGAUGGAUUUCGACAUCGGAGAUGUUUGCCUGUCGGAUCUACUGGACGCCGACUUAACUGGCAGUAGUAGUUCGUCAUCACCUCCUUUUUCGGAUCCUCAACCUGCCAUUUCCUCUGAGGAACUGAUGUUGCAAGAUUGGAACCUAAUAAUCGACUCCCAUCAGGCCGAUAAUGUCUGGGCACCUAAUCAUAUUGUACAAUACUCGUCUUCCUCAUACAUCUUUGACAGCCCUGAAGUCGAAUUGCUAUGGGAGAGGUAGAAUGUCUAUCAAAACUCGAUAAUAUAUGUAUACGUACUUAGACAAAUUAAUAUAUAUUAGACCGGAUAAAUUGCACUGGUAAUCCAAAAAAUUUUAUAAAUAUUUCAAUAUGGUACAAAAAGUUUUUUUUGCUAAUUGAUGGUACAAAAUGUUUCAAAGUUGUUUCGGCAUAAUACAAACUGUCAUCUCGUCAUUGACGUCAACAAGCGACGCUGACGUGACUCGUUACGUGUCAGCUCCUUUCUGAUCAAUUGGGUCGGGCAAAAACAAAAUGAUCCAGGUCGGGUUUGGGUUUCAUCUUCCUCACCCAAAAUCUGCUACCCCUCCCCGAAAACCCUAGUAGCCUUUUCCUCUCACAGAAACUCGAGCACCGCCAUGCCCGCCGAUCACAGCUACCUUCCACGACGACGACGAUCGCGUCGCUACUGGCCGCUGGUCGCAGUCACUUGAAUCGAAAAGUUGAAGACUCGAGAUCGAGACAAAGAUAGGAGAGAUCGAGAGCGGGGAAGGGAUCGAUUGAGUCGAAGCUUGAGGGCACAAUUCCACCCGUGCAGGUCUAGACCUGAUGACCCAUAAUGCCAGACACGGCUCACGCAUCGGUCUCGAUUCGCUAGCAAUUGCAACCGCAUGGCCUCGAGCCUCGACCCAAUCGAUCCCUUCCCUGCUCUCGGUCUCUCCUGUCUUUGUCUCGAUCUCGAGCCUUCAACUUUUCGAUUCAUGUGACUCGCGCCCAGCAGCAGCGCGAUUGUUGUCGUCGUGGAAAGCGGCCGUGACCGGCAGGCAUGGCGGUGCUCGAGUUUUCGUGAGAGGGAGAGGUUGCUAGGGUUUUCGGGGAGGGGUAGCAGAUUUCGGGUGAGAAAGAUGAAACCCAAUUCGACCCGGGUCAUUUUGUUUUCACCUGACCCAAUUCGACCUGGUCCAGUGAUCCGGAUGAAAACAAAAUGAUCCGGAUAGCCACAUCAGUUUACUGUUUCGGCCAUGUCAGAAAAGAGCUGACAUGUAGCGAGCCACGUCAGCGUCGCUUGACGACGUUAAUGGCGAGAUGAUGUUUUGUACUAUACUGAAACAAUUUUGAAAUAUUUUGUACAAUUAAAUAGUAAAAAAACUUUUUAUACCAUAUUGAAACAUUUCUAAGACUACCAGUGCAAUUUAUCCAUAUUAGACCAUUACAAAUAAACAUAUGGAGUUUUAUGUACAUCUCAGUCAUCCCCUCUUGAUUUUUUUAGAUCAGUGCACAAGUAGUAAUUAAAAUUAGCGAAGUUUAUUUAAUAGCAUCGAUCAGAUGCAGGAUGUGUUGUACCCUUAAUAUUUAUUUGGGAAUAAGACAAAAACUCCCAUUAUGUUUUGA